AUGCAGUCGGGGAAUCUCUGGAGAGUUCUGGGACUCUGCCUCUUAUCAGUUGGUGCUUGGGCAGAAGAAGAUUUCGAAGAAGCUGAUGAAGUUACACAAACACAAACACUGAAAUUAUAUAAAGUCUCCAUCUCUGGAAACAGUGUAGAGCUGACAUGCCCUGAGGAUACUGUAUCUGAGGAAAUAACUUGGAAAAAAGAUAAUAAUGACAUGCCCCAUCAUAACAACCCACUGUUACUGAAGGAUUUUUCAGAAAUAGAGAACAGCGGAUAUUAUACCUGCUCAAAGGACAAGAAUCAUGGGAUCUACCUGAAAGCAAGAGUGUGUGAGAACUGCGUGGAGGCGGAUCUGACCGUGGUGGCCACAGUCAUCAUAGUGGACAUCUGCAUCACUUUGGGCUUGCUGCUGCUGGUGUAUUACUGGAGCAAGAGCAGAAAGGCCAGGGCCGUGCCUGUGACGAGAGGAGCGGGUGCUGGCAGCAGGCCCAGGGGGCAAAACAGGGAGAGGCCACCACCUGUACCCAACCCAGACUAUGAGCCCAUUCGGAAAGGCCAGCGGGACCUGUACGCUGGCCUAAAUCAGAGAGGCAUCUGA